GUUAACGGAUCUUACGGUUAUUAUGGACCGGCUGGUCCCUCGACUCGUUUUUCCUGUGGGGAAUGAACAAGCGAUGUGUGAAAAUGUCUGAGUUUCUUUUCCUGCUGCUAAACUUUCGUGUCAGUUUGGAUUUUAUCCUCCAGAAGACUGAUGUGGAAGUUUGAACCGAGCGGCGCUCGUUUGGUUUUCUUCUCAGUUAACUUGUGUGUGAAUGGGAACCGUUAACGUUAGUUCAUCUCAUCUGUCAAGCUAACUUUUCAAAUGACUUUCACCACUUUUGUGUGAUGGAUGCAGAUAUGCUGUUGGAGUAUUUACACGCCUCGUUGUGAUUUUUGAGUGUUUUGGAGUUGGAAGUGGACUGUUAUCCUGGAAAAGGCUCUCGCACCGACAGGUUUUCAUCACUCAGCUAGCUAGCGACAAAGAAUGCUAUUUUGCGGAUAUCUCAGCUGUUCCAGUACUUUUGUUGCGUUUACGUGAAUUGAAAACAACAAUGAUUUCGGAGGAGAGAAGCAGCCACGUAAAUAAACAAACCCUGAACUUCCCUGUGGGUUUACUGAUCCGCUCUCCAAAGAAGCGCCUGGCCAAACUGGGGAGGAAACCCAGCAAUGGAUCUGUCCAGUCCAACAACUCGGACAGCACCGUCCGUUCCGCGGAGAGCGUGGGUGUCCGGCAGCCAGCCAAGAGCAAAAUCCGCCGUCACAAUAACAGGCUUUCAACCGUUUUCAACCACAGCCCCAACCUACGAGAUGGUGGACGCCGCGGCCAGGGGUUGGGCAGCGGGACUCUGGCAAGUGACCUUCAGGCUGCGGACGACCCGGCAGAGCUGUCCAGUCAAAUGUCUGUCCCCGGCAUCCUGAAGAUCUUUGGCAGCGACAUCUGUCAGGGGACCAAUUAUAAGAGUGUGUUGGCCACCACACAGUCCAGUGCAAAGGAGCUGGUGAAGGAGGCUUUGGAGAGGUACUGCCUGGAAAAAGAAGACGCCAGCGACUACGUGCUCUGUGAUGUAAUUGGCCAGACGGGAACAGAUAACCAGUGGAAGAGGGAGUGUUUCCGGGUGGUGGGAGACAAUGAGAAGCCCCUAAUGCUGCAGUCACUUUGGAAACCCAAGGAGGGCUUCUCCAGGCGUUUUGAAAUCCAGCUGAAAGCGAGCGUUGAAGAGCAAAGUUUAAAGGACAGAGACACAGUCACAGCAGGCAUCAAUGCUCAGGCUCGUAAGCUGCAGAAGAGCCGCUCCAGAGUGACCUCGCUGUUUGUGGAUGGCAGCGGGGAGGACGUGGACGGACUUGGCAUCUGGAGAAGUUUGAGUGAGAUGGAUCUGUCCGCGAUGGGGAAGGAGGCCAGCCGGGCCCGACAGAGCGCGCUCAGAGAGGAUCCCGAGGCAGAGGCUGACAAGGAGGUCCUGCGGCUUGGCAUGGAGAAGGAGGAGACAGAAAGCAGUGACGACAACACCACCCAGUACUCCAUUCACCCGCCCUUCGACUUCCCGUACUUCCUCCUUCUGCAGGGCUACAGCCACAGACAGGAUUUCGUCAUCUACCUGAUGAGUGGGACCACCACCAUUUUUGGCUGCUGUAGGGAGCACUGUAACGGAGAAGAUGAGGAGAGAUUAAAGGUCGACAUCCUUCUCUUUGCUCCUGAUGUGUUGCCUCAACACUGCUGUGUCAGACGCCUGGACUCUAGCGUCCCAGCCCCCGAAGGGGAGCACAGAAAGACACAGACGAUGCUGAAGCCCCUCCAUGGUGCUCCUGUGACCAGAAAUGGUUUCAUUCUUAAAGAGGAGGUGGAGCUGAACCCAGGGGACUUGGUUGGCUUGGGAAAACACUACCUUUUCAUGUUUAAGGAUCCUACCAGCACAUCAGGAUCCCUCCAGACUCCUCCCUGGAUGACCAGACUCUGCCUGAACUGUGAUACAAAGACGCCAUCCUCUUGUUUAUCAUGUGGCUCCACCAUCACCAUCAAAAGGCUCCAGAGGAAGCCUUUACCACCUCGUUGGAGGGACCUGGAAGGCACAGAGGCUUUGGUAAGCUAUGAGCUGGAGCAGGAGGAGAGGGUUCUGCAGGAGAUUUUGGAUCUGUUGGACCCCAGCGGAAAUGAACCAAAGCUGACGCCUGCUUUCCUGCUGAGCCUGUGCAUCCAGCACUCAGCCUCCACGUUCCAGCUGACACACUUCAGACAGCUCCUGCUCCGGAUAGCCAGCCAGAUCCAGCUCGUCAUGUGGGAGAAGACAAAGGAACUUGCAGCAAUCCAGCCAGAAACGAGCUCCAGUGACAUGCAGCCCGAGCAUCUUCAGCUGCUUAGCAUGGAGGAGCUGAUCCCAGGUCUGCAGCCUCUGGUGCUGUGGAUGGCCAACUCCAUCGAACUGCUGCACUUCAUCCAACACGAAGUCCCUCAGCUGCUGCCCUGGAGGCAGGACCAGGAGGACGAAGGUCUGUUGGACUCUGAGAUGUCCUCCACUCGGACAGCCUGUGAGGAAGCCAUGACAGUCCUGGAGGAAGUCAUCAUGUUCACCUUCCAACAGUCUGUCUACUAUCUAACGAAGAGUAUGUAUUCAGCCUUGCCCGGUCUGCUGGACGGGAAUCCAUUCUCAGAGAGCGGUCAGCUGCGAGUGCCUGAUGGACUGAGCGGCAUCCUGGAGGUGCUGAAGGAGGCAAUGAAGCUUCUCACUGCCUUCCAGGUCCAUCCAGACAUCUCAUUACAACUCUGUGCCUACCUGUUCUUCUUCAUCAAUGCAUCGCUGUUCAAUGCCCUCAUGGAGAGAGGAUCUGUCGCUGGGUUCUACCAGUGGUCCAGAGGUGUUCAGAUCCGAGCCAACCUGGACCUGCUGAUGGACUGGAUCCAGAGUAUCGGUCUGGGCGAUCUGGCUACCGAGUUCUUCCAGAAGCUUUCUGCUGCUGUCAAUCUGCUGGCCACACCCAAAGAAACCCUCCUGCAGGCGUCCUGGGCUUCUCUCAGGACUGAGUUUGCUGCCCUGAACCCAGCUCAGCUUCACCACAUGCUGAGGGAGUACAGCUCUGGUAAAGCCUGUCCCACUGGAUGGACCCCAUCACCGGAUGAUGUUGAGGACGCUGUCAGGACAGGCGACAUCCUGGAGAGUUUCGACAAUCACCCGCCGCUCAUCCUGCCCAGCAGCACGUUUCACCUGGAGCUGGGGAAACCCAUCGUGGAGCCUGCUCUGUUUGAACAGCUCAGUCAUCUGCAGGAGUUCAUACGCCGGCUCCCCCUCAGUGAAACCCAAGAUGAUGUGGAGGAACAGACUCAGACUCUCAAGGGGACAACCAAAGACAGCCAGUCUGCGACCUCACCUUCCGUCAGAGUCUUCCAGGAUCCUGCCCAUCAGGUGGUCUGUGACCCGGUUACCUGCCUCUCCCCUGAGACAGACCUCGACCGUACCUCCCCUGCAGAGCCGACUCAGGCCCGAGGAUCUCAUGGUGACCUGAGCAGCUGUGAGGCAGUCCUGACCCAGAAGCUGAAGAGUCUGGAGCUGCAGAACACCCUCCCAGGACAGGCUGACCUGGUCUACCACAAGAGCCUGGCACUGGACCCGUCCUGCCUGCUGACGCCACCCAAUACCCCGCAGGGUAUGGAGCUGGCCGAGCUGGAGGCGGAUUUGCAGGAGGGUGCCCGCCAGCAAAAGAAAGCCAGUGGAUGUGCAGAGUGGAAGACAGAGAAUGUGGAAGAAGAAGAAGACAGAGAGGAAGUAUUCACGGUGGAGCUCCACAGAGGACCUCAUGGUCUCGGCCUGGCGCUCGUGGAUGGAACGAAAACACAGCUGAGGAUGAGCGGCAUUUACGUGAAGUCGGUGGUUCCCGACUCUCCUGCAGCUCACUGUCAGAAACUGAGAACGGGCGAUCGUGUCCUGGCUGUUAAUGGCAUCAGCCUGGUCGGGAUGGAGUAUAACAUUGGAAGAGAACUGAUUCGAUCAUCGGGAGACUCGCUCAGACUGCUGGUGGCCAAGAUCGACCCAAAGACGAGCAACAAGGGCUCGGCUACGACUAAAUGCUGAAGGGGGAGCUGUGGUGGACAAUGAAGUGCAAUUGGGAAUACCGGAGGAUGUUUGGUUCAUCCUUCCUGAGACAUCCAAAGUCAGUAUGUCUGACCAAAGGAAAACACACUUCCUGCUUCUCCUCUCAAACUUAUGAAGUAGAGCUGUUUUCUGCUUAAAGAGCAUUGAGACAAUCAACCCAAGCAACGAGGCUGACUCAUUGUGCUCAUCAGUGCAGACUGUGGGCAUUUUCUGGCAGACGGAUGGUUUUUAAAAGCUCAUUUUGCUAUCCCAGCUUCUUUCAGGCCUAUAAACAAACUGUCAGGCUGUGCUCCUCAUAUACUCAUAAACCAUGAGGGUUCAGCGGUGAGGAAAAUAGCUGAAACAUCCAUUUGAGUGUCUGAGUACUCAGUAUUCUGUCUGAAGAACACCACCGAGCUGCUCCAGGACCAAGACCUGAUUCGUUUCUGGCAUUAACUGGAAUUAUUGGGAAAUUAUGGCUUUUGUGGCUAUUUUCAAAACUGUGAAACCGCACAUUUUACACUGCAAAACCUCCAUCUCACUGUCAUUUGUUAGGGAGUCAUGAAAUCACAUUUCUUUGCACAAGUAAAAAAAAAAAUCCAAUGCAAAUGUAUUUGUUAACAUUCUGUCUUUUGAACACAUUUAUAUAACAUUUCCAAAACGAGGAAAACAAGCAGAGUUAUCUGAACCUACUGGGAGAUGUUUUCUUGAGGCUGGAUGGAAGAAGACUUUCAUGACUUUCUUUGCGUUUUAGCAGUUUGGCAUUUUCACUGCGGCCUUUGCAGCCUCGUACAGUCUUUCCAUUGUAACAUUUCCAUUUUUAUAUUGCAUGAUAGGCUGUACAUGAAAAGUUUCACCCUGUUGCAACAGCAGGUCGAGUGUGGUUAACAAUAAAUGUCCAUGUUAAACAACAGGAAUCUUCGCCAGGUAAAAAGCUCUUAAUCUGCGAUUUAUGUGUUUUUUUGUGCUUUUAAACAAGCUGAAGCAUAACACGGUUGCCUAUAAAGUGGCUAUAAUCAAUAUCAGUCAGAUAUUUCCCUCAGGAGUUUUUGGAGACCAAAAACUAAAAGAGACAAACUUCGAUUUGUCAGGUGGAGACAAAUACGACAAAUGAAUGAUAGUGUUGGACUGCAGGUUCAAACUCCUCAGCUUCAAAAACCCUCAUAAAAUAACGCCAAACAUAUUCUGUUACAACUAAAAGAACACUCCUCUGUGUCGGUUUGUCAGUUCUAUUUACUUUGUUUUAUUGCAUCAACAUUCACACAAAUAUGUACAGAGCAUAGUAGUACAGUUAGUAUACAGCAGCUAAAUUAAAGGAAAAGUUCAACAUUUUGGGAAAUAGUUUGAUGAGAAGAUUGAUACCACUCUCAUGGCUGUCUCUUAAAUAUACAGCCAGUUAGAUUAGCUUAGCAUAAAGACUGGAAACAGAGGGAAACAGCCUGCCUGCUUCAAAAUGUACCUACCAGCACCUAUAAAGCUCGCUCGUAAUGAACCUCUAAUUAAUUCUGUGUUGUCUCUUUCCAGUCUUUAUGUUAAGCUAAGCUAACCAUUUGCUGGCUAUAGAAAGCCAGCAAGAAAGUAAAGAAGUGUAUUUCCCAAAAAGUCAAAGCAGAUAUGUUUAAAUAUGUUUAACACUGUAGAAUGACAUACUGCUGCUGCAGCCCUCAUCUGAAGUCUGUCUGUGUUUUCAUCCCAAAUGUAAACAGUGUUUAAGUUCAAGUAUAUGGACACAAAAAGUAUUCAGUUUUGUAAUAUUUAUAUUGCGCAGUAUUUUUGAAACUAUGGAAUAAAAAAUAUUUUGACUU